AUGGACGGCAGCGAAAUAGGGCUGUUUGGUACGCUGCGGCUGAUGAAGCGGACGACUGAUGAGCAGGUAGCAGCAUUCCCAAUCGAUGAGGAGACGGUUACCUUUGGACGCGACCCGACAUGCAGUGUGCGCCUCUAUUAUCCAGAGAUCAGUGCUCUGCAUGCGAAAAUUGUGUUUCAGGAAAGAAAGGCUUUUCUCGUCGUUCUUGGCGACGCAGGCCUCACCAUCGAUGGCUGCCCUGUGCUCCCAUCCACUAACGCCUCCCUUCCCACAACAAUCCCCGUCUCUAACAACUGCGAAAUCGAAAUCCACAAGAAACGUUUCAUAUUCUCCUACCCACCCAAGCAGCUACGUUCUUCACUAUACAACAUCGAUUCACCGGUCAACGCUCAAGUAUUCACUCCUCGUGGAAAACCCUCUUCAGAUCCACUCGCAAACCUCCGCAUUCUCCAGAGCCCACUCAAGCAGCUCGUGCCAUCCCCGCGCAAGCCCUCUGCCCUAAAGAACUCCCAUGUCCCAGAACCAGACGAAAUAGAAGAAGAAAUUGUGCUUGUGGAGUCUAACACUCCACAUGUCGUACAAGAGGAUAAGGACCUUGUCAUCCUCGAGCGUGUCGAUGUCCAAGCGCCUCCGCCCACCCCAUCUGUGCAAAGGCCAAGACCAAGUAUGAACAUAUACAAGACUCCGAACAGGCGUACUCGCCCCUCGUUACACCGUGCCGUACUUAUUCGCAGUGUACAUCGUGCCGUCAUGGCGCGCGAGGAAGAGGAAGAAGAGAAAGAAGUUGAGGAGGUGAUCGUAAAUGAGGCGACGGUAGAAGAGGGCGAGGAGCACGAAAACGAUAACGACGAAGAAUUUAAUGACGAACAAGGAACUGCAGGAAACGAGCAUGGAGAAUCUGACGAAGAUGGAAAUGACGCUGACUUAGACACCAUUGAGGAGCCUACUCCUCAACCAAGCACGUGGCGCAAAUCUCUCAAUGCUGUGCGUGCACGUGUUGUAUGGCCUUUCCGCUCGAGCUCCACUGCGCCCGAAGAAAACGACGACGACAAGCAAGAUGAACGCGAGGACGAAGAGGACGAGACCAGGACGCACAGCCCCCACCCCCAUCCUCCUCUCCACCUCCUAUUCACAUCACACCCCGAGCCCAACCACACCUUACACCUGCAAGAGCCCCCCCGACCUCUAGGCUCAUUUAUGACGCCCCAAGUAUCGCACCCACAAUCAGACAUUGGCGUUGGAAUUGGUCGCGGUGCAGGACGCAACUCUUUUAGCGGAGCGUUGCGCGUACCGUUGCCUCCUGGUGUGUCUGCACUUGCACCGUCUGGUCCUGUAGAGACAUGGGGAGGUGCGAAGAGAAUACGCGUCGAGCCGAAGUGGCGCAUUGGGGAUAUUGAGGUGCGAGGUGUGGAGGUGAAGGAAGAGGAGAAGGCAGGGACAGGAUUAGGGAGGACACGGGUGAGUGAGGAGGAGAAGAAGGCCAUCCAAGAGCGCCGUAAAUCAGCGCUCACUACACCCGACCCUUUCUUUGCACAGGUACCAGGGCUGCGACGGCAGUCUGUCGCACCCUCCACACCCUCUGCCCCGGGUGACCGUAACACGCUACGGAAACUGCCCUCUCUGCUAGAUUCUGUCGUCCGCACCGUCGGUGAGCGCAGUGCAUCUCCCACCAAGUCAGGCGAGAGGAGCGUAUCGCCGAUCAAAUUCGGGGAGAGAAGUGCAUCCCCUACAAAAGCCCCCACCCAUUCGCGUCCCUCAUCCCCUACGAAGCUAUUCUCUUCUCCUGCGUAUACGCCUUUCGGGCGCCCUCCAUCGCCUUUGAAGGCACCGCUGACGCCACAUAGUGAAGAAGAUGAGGAGGACACGCGAAGUUUGUUGGAUCGGAUGAAGCGAACUGUGGAGGAAAUGAAACGACGUAGGAGUGUGGGUCCGUCUGGGGAGGAUGAGCGUGAGUACGAGGAGGAUGGUGAGGAUGAAGACACAGCAGGCGCUGAGCAGCGAAUGGAUGUCGAGGAGAACGCAGAAGAAGACAUCGGCGAGGAACCACAAACAGGUGAAGAAGAGGAAAACAGUGAUAAAGAGAACGGCCUUGCAUCAUCGCUCCGAGAACCUCAGUCCAUUUCACACCCUGAACCUGACCUCGAGACAACUGACCCAUCCGAACACAGCCCUGCACCUCUCUCGCCCACGCGCGUCGCUCUUGACCUUGAUCUCGAACUGGAGAGGACGCCACUACCCCAGCUCACGCGUCCCACCUCCCGCCCGCAGCACAAGAAUGCAUCGUCAUUUGCGGGGCCGCAGACUCCUGCCCUCGCGUCACUCAAGCAUCUCUUCCCUCCGCCAGCGCCGGUACCAAGUACGCCAGCAGUGAAGAGUAUGCGUUCGCUGUUCCGCGGGGCUGGUAAUGGUAUCGGGGUGGAGAUGGAAGAGGAUGUAUUGGAGGGUGUUGGAGAGAUGAUGGUUACACCUGAGGGGUAUCGAGUACGUGUCGAGGACGUGGAUGAACUGGAGGGUGAGAUGGAAAGGGAGGAGCAAACAAACAGGAGAGAGACAGAGGAGCGACGCAAACCUGCAAGAACUACCUCCCGCAAGACCCCCGUUCCGGUUCCGUCUUCUGGGCCUGGGCCUACCACGACAGCAGCUCGUCGCCGCACAAGAACUACUACGGCCACGGGGGCUCCUGCCUCCAAGGAGAGGGAGUCAUCGACUUCCAGGACUGUUUCUCGUGUGGAGACGGUAGUUACGAAAAGGGUGCCAAUCGCACCUCCAAAACGUGCAGAGAAAGAGAAAGAAAAGGCAAAAAUGUCAGAACCAGAUGCAGAAGACAAAGCAGAGGAAGACGAAAUUAAGGAGAUUCCGCCUCAGCCCGCUGCACAAAAGAAACCUACGAGAGCGCGUCUGCUUCGUGCGCAGAAAGGGGUCGCAGCUGAUAACUCGGAUGAAGAGCCUGCCGUUGCGCCAAGGAUGCGAGAUGCCAGUACUGAGCCUAGGAUGCGUGCUGCUAGUACUGAGCCUAGAGCUCGUGGGGCCACUGCCACAACAGCGAGAAAAACGAAAAUGGAUGCUGUUGAAACGGUCCCAAAAGCCCGGGCGGCCCGCAGCCGUGCUACCCCUGUCCCAGUUGCUCGACCUGAGCCUGCGAAGGCACGCCCACGAGUUACUGCGAAACCAAAGACCGCAACCACGGCAACUCGUGCCCCCUCACGGAGUAAAAUGCGUAGUACGGAAGACGACGACGAUGCUGAUGGGGAUGACCCCCUUGAUUCGAUCGCGCAGCCUGAAGCCCCGGCUCCCAUACAGAGGGCGAGACGCACGCGGGCAGUGACUGCACCUGUGAAAGAAGAGGAUGUCGAUAUUCCGAUUCCUGGGAAGGCGAAGAACACAACAACGACCCGCAGACGUGCGGUGACAGCGGUGGAUAAGGAAAAUACCCCGUCGAGUUCGAAAGAGGAUGAGGGUGAGCGGAAGAAAGAGGUGGAAGUGAAGCGCACGACGCGGGCAACGAGAUCACGAGCGUGA